CCUCCGUCUUUUUAGUAAAACCUAUUUCAAUAGUUAUUUCCUGUUUCAAGUUUGUUACCGAAACUUCAGUUUAUGACGUGCUAAAGCUAAAUUUAAGCUUAACCCGGAAAAAAAUAAGAUGAGCCAAGGAGAAAUUAUUUAACUAAGACUUUAUUUUUGGUAUGCUUUGAAUUUGAACUCAUCAUGAAGUGUGUUUCUGUAUAUCAAAAUGACGUCAUUUCUUCAGAAAUAGCUAAGAAAAUUUGUGAGGAUUUACAAAAGGACAGGACUGAGAUGAUUUCGUUCAGGAAUUGUAAAUUCACCGACAAGGAUUUCAAACGAGUAAUGAAGGCUGUUGGCGCGUGCACGAGCCUCGCUCUGCGCCACCUGGUGUUGAAUGUUGAUAUUAUACAAGACAGUUUCAGAAUUCAAACACUCGCAAAUGCCAUUGAAAAGAAUGCAUCUCUCGUUGGUCUACAUUUACACGGCAACAAUAUACAGGACUCUGGCCUCAAGAUAUUAUAUCCCCAUUUAAAAAGACAUCCGCGGAUCACGAGCCUUGACCUAGGGGAUUGUAACAUUGGUGACGAUGGACUGGAAAUACUUUGUAACCUCGUUAAAGAGAGCAAAGAUAGUAUUGGUUUACACAGUCUUGUCUUAAGUCAUAAUCCAAAAAUAACAUCGGAUGGAUGGACAAAGUUCGGCUUGACUUUAGCGUCUGGGUCAUGUCUAAGAUCGCUUGAGAUAGACUACAACGAUAUCGGUGACAUUGUGGCAACCUGUAUUGCAAUAGCUUUACCCGGAGUGCCUCUUCUAGAAACGCUAGAUCUAGAAUGUACUGGUAUUACCGAUAAAACAGGCCAAGUGUUACUCCAUUUGAUUAAAUCGUCUAACCUGAAGUUGAAGGAGAUCAAUCUGGACAAAAACAAGGUAGCAGAUUCCACUAAAGAUGCCAUUAAUUACCAUCUGUUUGAGCGUUCUGUUGACAAGAAACAAAAACAGACAUCUGAAGACGAAUGUUCUCUAGCCAUGUCUGAACCUCCUCUAAGUGAAGAAGUUGCACUCGGUGUAGAUGAUCUCGGUAUGAGAUCUAAAAGUUUUACAGAUCCAUCAGGAAAUAUCAGCCAUACAGAGAGUUUUGAUAACGACGGAAUUCCUACUGUUGAAGUUAUCCCGGCAAAUAAACAAGACACCAGAAUCCAAAACGAAGAGACAAUAGAGGAAACCGCUAGCAAUUCAGCCACACAAAGCUUAGUAAGCUUUGAUACUAAUCAUGCUAACAUCAAUGGCGCUGGAUUUGAAAUUAAAAAAGCGUUUUCUACGAAAGGUACAACUGACCCACAAGACAUGGAUGGAAAAGAAAGCAACAAAACUAAUUCAUUUGACGAAUACGAAGCAUACAUUCCAGAAAAGGAGAGUUUAAAACACCGAGAAAGUUCAUCUACUCUCGUCGAAUCCAUGGACAUAGAAAAUGGUCUUAAAAAUGAUGAUCUCAAAUGUCUGUCAGAGAGUUCAGACUCUGUAAAAGGCUUUAAAGAGACCGACAACACACCGAAAUCCGUAAUUCCAGCUCCUUUGUUUUUCACACGACGAAUGUCUGCCCCGAUGUCUGGAAAUGACACCGUUAAUGUUGAAACUGGGCUUGUGCAAGCAAAGUCAACUGAUACUUCAGAAAAAACUGGUAAACAGCGCCCAAAAAAGGACUUAGCGUCUCUGAUUCGACAGAAGAAUACAGGUACUGAUAACGAAGGAGAUGAAGAGUCUAAAAUGAAAAAUGAUAUGCAAGUACAAGAUCUAAAAUGA